UUUUCACGUAUAUUUUCGAGGAAUCAUAUAUAGCACUGGAAACGAAACAACAUUUUUGGAAACAACCGCACCGUCAACCUUGUCGAAUCCAAAUAUUUUCUGUCUAAUUCAUUAUUUGACUUGUGCUUUUUUCAUUAUGUCGAAUGUGAUAGUGAAAUAUAUAAAUAGUCGCAUCUUCUGAACAUAUUCAUCAAUUCAGAUUUUGCAGUUUAUCACACAAGUUCAUAAUUGUUUUUUUUUAUCAAAGAGAUAAAAUUUUGUUGUGAAAAUAGGCAAAAUGAGAGUAUUCGUAUUAUUAACGAUUGUGGUUUUGGCAUCAGUUAGUCAUGUUGCAGAGACAAGACCAAAGGAACAUUCAAGACAAACAGACAUAGUUUCAGAUAGUCAAACAGAAAAGACAAAGUAUGUUGGCUGUGUGUUUCCAUACCAAUAUGUGAAUCCAUACUAUCAUCCACGCACCGCUAGAUCUUGUGCAAAUCUGAUCUUGGAUCUCACUCAUAUUCUGAUGCCCAAUCCGGAUGACUAUAAAGUUGACUGUGAUUGUAUUCCUGGCUUUGUAUCAAAUUAUCAAGGGUAUUGCAUUGACGAAAUACAGUGCAAUUUAUGGGAAGCAUUUGGAACAUUAGUCGACGAAGGAGCAGUAGACAGUAACGCUGAUAAUCUUGCACCUGCGGAACAAGAAGAACCAAAUAAACUCGCUACAGAAAAUGGUUCACAAAAACGGGUGAAAAGUCUGCAGUUCUACCGAAAAAAUUAUCCAGAAAUUCCGAAUCAACCACAAGAUUUUGAUUGGAAUGUAGGAAAACUCCAAGACAUCAACUCAAACGGUGUAGAAGAAACACAAUUGAUUGAUAAUGGUGAAAGCACUGAAAAGGACAGCGAUGAUGAGGAUGAAGAUGGCUGUUGCGAUGAAGAAAACGGUUGCUGUGAAUGCGACGAUGAAAUAUCACCAGAAAAUAACGAUGAAGAUAACACAGAAAAGUACCAACCAAAGAUUCAAACCCAUUAAACGCAACUACUUCAUUGGCUACUCCGAAACCUUCAAUUCACCCAAACUCAGUGAUCGAUUCAACGACACAGGCAACAAAACCUCAAGUAUUGCAACCAUCAACAUUUAACAAAUUACAAGAAAAAUUGUAAAGUAGAAAAUAAUGAAUAAAGCUAUUUAUGUAAGAAGUAACACAUCGGUCAAUAAGUCCGUAGGAUAACAAAGA